CAGGUCAGGUUGAGUGCUUUCGGGAGCUCUGCUUAGGCUGUGUGGUGUCCCCAGCUCGGUGCCAGGACAGCUGAUCAGAAACUGAAGAGUUCUGUCCUCCUGCAACUGUUCAUUUGCACCCAUAAUGGACGCCGUGGACAUCACCAUGGAGAGGCUGAGGGCCCAGUGUCUGUCCAGAGGGGCUUCAGGCAUCCAGGGCCUGGCCAGGUUUUUCCGCCGCCUGGACAAGGAUGGCAGCCGGUCCCUGGAUGCAGGAGAGCUGAGGCAGGGUCUGGCACAGCUGGGGCUGAAGGUGGAGGAGGCAGAGGCAGAGGCACUGUGCAGGCGCUGGGACCGUGAUGGCAACCAGACACUGGACCUGGAGGAGUUCCUUCGGGCACUACGGCCUCCCAUGUCCCAGGCCCGGGAAGCUGUCAUUGCAGCUGCCUUUGCCAAGCUGGACAGGACUGGGGAUGGUGUGGUGACUGUGGAUGACCUGCAAGGGGUGUACAGUGGCCGGGCUCACCCCAAGGUGCGCAGUGGAGAGUGGUCGGAGGACGAGGCCCUUCGUCAAUUCCUCGACAACUUUGACACAUCUGAGAAGGACGGGCAGCCUGCCCAUCCACAGGUCACACUGGCAGAAUUCCAAGACUACUACAGCGGGCUCAGCGCCUCCAUGGAUACAGACGCCGACUUUGUGGCCAUGGUGAGCAGUGCCUGGCGCCUCUGACGUGGCAGCCCUCACCUGCCCAACAGCUGCCCUUAGCCUAGUCCCUUGACCCACCUGGAUCCUGUCACCACUGUCCCAGGGGGCCCCAAUUAGACAAAGGGAAGGGGAUGUGUGAGAGUGGAGGCUGAAGAACCGGCUGGACCAGGUCUCCUGCAGGGCCACCCACUGGC